AUGUACGAGGCAGGCACUGAGCAGAUAUACUGCAACGGCACAGUGAUAAAGCUGCCCACACUGGCGGUUGUUAAAGCAGCACCCGAAAUGCCGGCCGAUGCCAACAUUGAUUGGCUCCUCCACAUCUAUUUUACGCGUCGCGACUUCGCCCGCUGCCGCCGCAUCAUCGAGCGCGAAUUGAACCGCCAUUUGAAUCCGGAGUACCUGUACUUCGUUCAGGGUUUAAUUGACCGCGAAGAGGGCAAUAACGUGGAGGCGCUGCGCAACCUGCAAAAGGCUGUCGAACUCAACUCGAAGAACAUUGAAGCGUACAAAGAAAUCGGACGCACCCUCUACAACAUGGGCCGCUUCACCCAAGCCCUGGGCGUUUUUCGCGAGGCUGAGCAGCUCACACCACGCAAGGAUCACGAAAUCUAUCACUACCUAGGCGAGCUACUCUAUCGCGCAGCGACUGCCCAAAACCAAUUGGAGUUGGCUCGUCAGCAACAGAUAGAAGCGACCUCAUACUUCGAGCUGGCCGUGCAAACGGGUAGGAAGCAGGAGAGCUUUAUACGCCUGGCGGAGCUCUAUCGGAAGGAGAAAGAGUAUCAGAAGGCCAUCGAUGUUCUGGAGAACUGUUUGCAACUAACGCCCGAAAAUGUACACGUCUUGGCCGAAAUAGGCGUUUUGUAUUUGAAAAUCAACGAAACGCAAAAGGCGCUCGACAGACUCUCGGAAGUUGUCAACAUUGAGCGCAGCAGCCCGAAGGUCUCAUUGGCCUUUGGAGCCAUUUUACAGUCACGCAACGAUGUGGAUGGGGCUCUAAGCAAAUACAGCGAAAUUGCAGAUGCAGAUACAAAUGCUUCACCGGAAAUUGCUGAGCUAUGGAACAAUAUUGGCUUGUGUUUUUUCAAAAAACAAAAAUUCAUUGUGGCUGUUUCCUCGCUGCGCAAAUCCGUUUGGCUCUCGCCCCUCAACUACAAUGCCCUCUACAACUUGAGCCUGAUUUAUAUUACUUCAGAACAAUAUGCCAGCGCCUUUCACACGCUGGCAGCAGCCAUAAACCUGCGCAAGGACAAUGCGGAAUGCUACAUGCUGCUUGGCUUGUGUUUGAGGAAACUGGAGGAUGUGGAUAAUGCGUUUGUUGCAUUGGAGCGUGCCUGCAACAUAGCCAAUGCCCAUCAGAGUGCCGGACGUAAUCCGUUGGUUUAUUUGAAUUUUGCCCUCUUCUGCUAUGAAAUGGGACGCUUGGCCUUGGCAGCGGAACAGUACAAUCGGUUCCUUAGCAACUCCCAGGACCUGUUGCUGCCCACUGAACUAAAGUUUCAAGCCACGAAAUUGAAAUCUUUGCUGCGCAUUUCAAGUACAACCAACGGCAUUUUGUGUUCCAAUCAUCCUGAUGGAUUGGAGAAUGGUGCAGCCACAGAACUGAAUAAUUCCGCAGAACAAUCGGAGAUGGCCAUCAGCUCGGAACUGCCACUGGAGGUGAACGCAGUGGUCAGUCAUAACGAAAUGUAA